AUGGAAGAAAAGGAGAUUGAUGCUUAAUGGAAUUAAUUAUUGAAAACAACAGUGGAAAUGUUCGGGUUUGAAUUUAAAUAAGAAUAUUUAUCAAAAUCAUUUAAUCGUUUAUACUCAGAUUACAAAAUGUUUACUUAGAAGAGGAAUUAUUCUCAUUUUGCAUUAUGGCUCUUUGGAUUUUAUGUUCUGAAUUUUUUGCAAAGCCUUCAGGAUAAAAAUAUGUAUUUGUUACUAAUAACCCAAGAUCUGACAUCCCAAAAAUCAUAGAAUAAUUGAUCUUUUGUCCCAUAUUGAUAAUGGUAUUAAUCUCAACAAAACCUUUUCUCUACAGAUCCUUUGAAUCUGAACUGCUCUAUUUUCUAUAAAAUACUAUUGUCAUUAUAGUUGGGAUUAUGUUUCCAAGGCCUCAAUAAACAGAAUAUGGGAUAUUUAUUGAGUUUUUUAUCUACUAAGCCAAUUUAGAAAGCCUGCCUUUUAAAAUAAUUUACAUAAUAGUGAGCCAACUAAUCCAAAAGGAGAUUAAGUCGUUCAUGGAUUUAGUUAUUUUUGUGAUUUUACUAGCAUUGGCAGUUUAUUAGGAGAUACAUCGCUAUACAUCUUAUAUUUCUGAUUAUGAGCAGGUGGAGAAGCACCGCAAGUAGGAAAAGUAAAAAUGCCUUUUUAAGUCUUAGACAAAUUUUAGAAUUCAUUCUUGAAGCCCAAAAUUACGAUGAGAGAGAACGAAUAUAUCGAAAAUUGAAAAAACAACUGAAAGCUAAAAAUAGCAAGAAGAUAAGUCUGGAUACUGUGUUAGAUUAUAUAUUCUGA